UCUGCGAAGGCCGAGCUAGGCCGGUUUUCUUUUAUGAGAACUUCUGUUUAUCUGGAGAAGUGGCUUACCCUUCUUCCUCCAGGUUUUGGGCCCUUUUAAUUUCUAAACAGCAGAAUUGGUUACUGUGAGUCUCGGUGGACUUGAUGGAUUGAAUUGCAGGUUGCAUACGCUUGAUUGCUUCAUCAAAAUAUGAAGAAGGGAAGACUAUAAAUACAAUUAUUUUCAAUUAAUAUUUGUUUACGCUUUUCAAAUUUUAUUUUUCCUAUUAAUUUCUUUAAUUUAGGUGAAAGAUAUGUGAGUUAGAAGCAUGUUCCUUGUCUUAUGGAUUCUAACCUGAACCCCUGCACAUGGGAAAGCUACGUGCACUUUCCUCUUUUCGUGAUAGUGUGUCCGGUGUUGCCGUCUCCCUUUUAGACUUAUUCUACUUUAUGCAUUGACCACACCGCCUCUCUCUCUCUGUAUGUAUGUAUAUAUAUAUAUUUAUAAUGUAUGUAUACGUGUCUAUUUCUCUUGAUGCAGUCUAAGUCAAUCAAAGUGGUUGACCUGAUGUCUCACCCCCUCUCAACUGAACCCAUCACAUGGACGAUUCUCAUUGCUGGGAUCAUGGACUUGGAACUAACGUAAAGACAUCAAAUUCUUCUUUAAAUUUGCUUACGCCGCGGAUUGCGGUCCAAACGAUGGCUAUAAACUUCAAUGCCUAUCUAUCACCUACCUAUAUUUAGAACUUUUCACAACCUGAGAAUCUCAUCAUCUGUUUAAACCUCCCUCUAAACCGCUCUCACCGAUCUCCCUUAAAAUGUUGUUUUCUCAUUCAUCUUCCAAAACACUAACCUCCUCUUCUCGUUCUCGUUCCUUAAAUCUUAUUCUACUCUCAUUCUCUAUCUUCUCUAUAAUUUACCUCCUUGUCUCCAUUGUCCUUGUUCCCACCUCCAAGUUCGUGAACACAAACCUUCUGCAAGACCUGUCCACGCCAACCUCUCUCGAGCAUGUCGUGUUCGGUAUUGCAUCGAACAAAAGGUCAUGGCCCAAGAGGAAGGAAUUUGUUCGGUUCUGGUGGAAGCCCCAGCAAAUGCGAGGAUGCGUCUUCCUCGAGAGCAUGCCACCCAAUGCAGCUUCAUAUAAUGAUUCUGAUUCCCUUCCUCCGGUAUGUAUAUCCGAGGAGACUAACAACUUCCGGUACACGUACCGGGGUGGUCUCAGAUCGGCAAUUAGAGUGGCUCGGGUUGUUUUGGAGACGGUUGCCCUCAACCAUACCAAUGUGAGGUGGUUUGUAUUUGGAGAUGAUGAUACCGUCUUUUUUCCGGAGAAUUUGUUAAAGACGCUUUCGAAGUAUGAUCACAACCUCUGGCACUAUAUUGGGACCAACUCGGAGUAUUACCUACAAAACAAGUUCUUCUCAUUUGAUAUGGCUUUUGGGGGAGCUGGUUUCGCCAUAAGCUAUCCCCUAGCAAGAGUCCUGGCAAACGUUUUCGAUUCGUGUUUGGAAAGGUACCCACAUCUCUAUGGAAGUGAUGCAAGGAUCCACUCCUGUGUGGCAGAGCUCGGCAUAGGAUUGACACGGGAGCCCGGUUUCCAUCAGAUGGAUAUUCAUGGAGAUAUGUUUGGUUUAUUGGCUGCCCAUCCCAUGGCACCAUUGGUGUCCAUCCAUCACUUGGAUGUCACGGACCCCAUUUUCCCAAACAUGACGACCACCAAGGCUUUAGAGCAUCUGUUUGAAGCUUCAAAAGUUGAUCCUCACAGGCUGUUGCAGCAAACAGUCUGCUACGACAGAUGGUUUUCCUGGACCGCGUCGGUGUCGUGGGGCUAUGCGGUUCAGGUGUUCGACAAGCAUGUGCGCUUGCCGGACGUUCUUACACCACAGGAAACGUUCAAGCCGUGGCGCAAUGGCCGUCCAAUGUUUAGUUUCAACACAAAGGAACAACACCCAGACCCAUGUCGAAGGCCUGUCGUUUACUUCCUUGAUAGGGUGUCUUCUGGUAGCAAUGGUAUAAAGAGCAGUUACAGGAGAAUGGUCCCUGACAAUUGCACCAUUGACAUGAUUUCACCACGGAAAAUUAAAAAGGUUGAAGUCUUCUCACAGAAGAUGGACCUUAACAUCAAACAGUUGCAGGCACCGAGACGGCAUUGUUGUGAUAUAUUGCCUACUACAGUUGGGAAUGAGAUGGAGAUCACCAUUAGAGAGUGCAAAGAUGAUGAAUUAAUCCACAUGAAUUGAUACUAGUGUGUAUGCCAUAUACUAUGGCUAUGAUAUAUCGGAGGUUCCUUCACAACCGUCUGAUUCAACUAACACGCGCACGAUCAACUAGAUGGGCAUACUUGCAUGUACUUUGUUACAAUGCCAUUUCCAGACCAGAUGUAGUUCUGCAUCUGAUGGUCACAAACCCAAGCCUAAUCUGUUUGCAAUGGGUAUGAAAUUUUCAAUCACUGGUUGGUAAAGUGAAGACGCCAAUUUGGAAUUGACCUAUUCGAUGUUUGCUUGAACACAGAUUAGUUAGGUGAGAGAGAAGGUAAAUUCAGAAAUUGAGACAUUCUCAUUGCUUGUCAACUUCAAAUAAGCUUAUGGAUACUAGAUUAUUGUUUAUUUUUACCACGUAAAGGAAGUUGUAGAUAAUUACCUGACGGAAUUUCAGAUCAAAUUCCACUUUUAUAUUUUACUUUUCA